UUGACAGAGUUUGCACAACACUUCAUCAGCGACGUGAACACCUGCAGCAAGAACAGUUUUUGGAAGCGACAUCCGUUGAUGUGAUUGAAGCAUGACAGAGGUGAUGAACACACGGGAACCGGUGAUGGAGGAAUUCACACUCAGCCAGACUCCUGAGGAAGGAGGCCCUUCAAGCCAGGCCUUCCCAGACUCACGUGAGAAGUACCCCAAGCUGUCCAAAAGACUGCCGUCGAUCGUGGUGGAGCCGACUGAGUCCGGGGAGGUGGAGAGCGGGGAGCUGCGCUGGCCUCCUGAUGACCUGAAAUCAGCAGAAGACAAGGGUCUUCAUGGUGACCAAAGAGUCUGUGUCCAGCAGCAGCAGCAGCAGAUGGAUCUGGAAGAUACUUUAGCUCACCCAGCUCAAGAAGUGGAAGACAGUACAGAUGCUCUGGAAAGCAGAACUGAAGAGGACGAGUAGGGACUCCAAGGCCUCAGAAGUGAAACUUCAUUGUGAAUGUUGUUGGAAAGCUAACACACUCUGAAGACGUGUCAAAGUAAUCUGUAUUUAAAUCUGCAAGGGUUUUAUUUAGUUAGUACCUGGUAAGAAGCGUCUGGGCUUUAGAACUGUUCUUUUCAACAUUUUGAUUUUCAGGCUGGGAUUCAUAUUAUUUGUUUAAUUUUUCCUUGGGAAACAAUGGGACGUGUUAGGAAACACGAGAUUAUCAAGGAAAAAUGCUCCUAAUUUCAAUUAGCACAUUUCAUUGGAUUUACCUUAUUCAAGCAAGGCUGCUUUCAGGUAUCAACAGCAGGACAAAGGGGUUACAUUUCUACAGGAGGGAUGUCUUAAAUCUAAAACCUUUCUUGUUUUUAGCCAUUUAAAACUAGCACUGUGAUAUUAUGGACAAUAGAUGUAAUAUAAUGUCACCAUUUGAUUUUGUAACUUUUGUAUAGAGACGCAAGUGUAAGGUUUGCCUCCAAGCUGCCGCCCCAGGGGCAGCCCAGAGCAGUUCUCUCCCUUUGGCUAACCUGUGCAAAUUCGGAUGAACCAGCCUUUUCUUAAGCCGCCUUUUCAAUAAGACUUACGCCUUUCGGAAACGCUUUCUCGCUGUACAUUGACGAAGCGGAUUAGCUAGUCGCUGGUGUUUGUGGAGUGAGGCUAUCUGUUGUAGGCUUGGUCGGGUGGAUCGUGCUGUCCGUGCACUCUUCAGGCCCAGGUCCAGCCGUGGCGUGGCGUGCACUCGUCUCCCUUGAAGCCAACGAGAUGGCUCCCGCUCCCGCCAGGGCUGGAUUUGUCCCACCUUGUUAAUAGAAAUUGUUGUGACAAUUCUUCUUUUGGUAUGUUUUGUGUAUAACGUGGGUGCAGAGGCCCAGCUGUUCCUCCCUUGACCCAAGCUGGGCGGUGGUGGGGGGUGGGUGACAGGAGCUCCAUGGCACGGCCUAAACCUGCCCUCCAUUUUGCCUGAUGCCAGGUCCCGCCCAAGCCACCCACAGUAGAAGGGGGUGGAGGAGUGCCAA